CAUUAGUAGCGUGCUAGUUCCUCGACUAUUCGUCGGUUUCGCAGUCUCUUAUCAUGUUUCCAAGGCAACCGCUCUGUUGACAGCUCUCACGUGGUUUCAUAUCUGCCGGAACUGUGAUAGCGUAGCGUUAAUCAAAAGAAAACAUCAAAAUCUUUAGUAGAAAAAAAGGAAUAAUGAUAUUUCUCCUCCUCUUUUGGCUAGCAGUGGGAGAGGCAGUGUACAUACCACCAGGCCCAAAAUUUCCUUGCCCGCCUCAAAUCAACUUUUUAUAUCCUUGCAAAUGUACUCGAGGUACAGAUACAGGAAUCAGUAUAUUUUGUAAUAACACCAACUUGGCAUCCCUGUCUAUAGCCCUUUCCAAUGUUGCCUCUAUUGAAGCUCCAAUUGAUGCAAUGACAAUAUCUUCUGGAAAAUUCUCUCGUCUGUAUGGGGGACUUCUUUAUGCAGUUGAUAUUAAAGUGCUGACGAUUGAAAAUACUCCUUUAAAGAAGAUUGAACCACAGACAUUUCUUGGUGUGAAUAAAACUCUAGAAGAACUAAACGUUCUAAAUACAGAAUUAGAAAUAUUUCCUAGAGAGGCAUUUGAGAAUCUUGGAAAUCUCAAAAUACUAAACAUCAAUGGCCACAAUUUAACAGAGUUACCAGUAGGCAGCAUCAGUGGUUUAUUACCACAAAAUCUUGAAAAACUUAUAUUAGCGAAUGGUCCACUAAAUGAAAUACCAAUAGAUAGUUUAACACCUUGUAAAAAAUUAAAGAGGUUAGAUCUUCAUGGGAACAAACUGAAAACACUAAAGAGAAAUCAGUUUAAAGGUCUUAGGAAUGUGGAGUAUUUAGAUAUUUCACAUAAUAUUCUCGAGAAGAUUGAUCCUACACAUUUAGCAGACCUGAGCAAGCUAUCGUGGUGUAAUGUGUCUCAUAAUGCACUAAAAGAUCUUACAAGGGGCACCUUUGCAAGAAAUACUGUUUUGAGAUCACUUAACUUAAGCCAUAACAAACUAAAGAAGAUUGAUACAAAUUCUUUUCGUGGUAUGAGGUUUAUCAGAAGACUUUUCCUCUCAGAUAAUGAAAUUUCCGAAGUUGGUAGAGACACUUUCGGAGCUGUUUCCAGAAUAGGAACAAUAGAUUUGGCAAGAAAUAAAAUUAAGAAAAUUGAUUUUCAAAUGUUCAGCCAAUUGCAAUAUGUUGAGCUAAUAGAUGUAUCUGACAACUUGGUGACAGAGAUACAGAAACUAGCUUUCAAAGAUCUUUACUUAGUACACAUCAAUCUAUCCCACAAUGCAAUUUCAAAAAUUGAACCAGGUGCUUUUGAAAACUGCGCUAACAUUACCGUUUUGGAUUUUUCAUAUAACAAAUUAACUACUUUUCCACCACGUGCUUUCGAUGAAAUCACUUAUGCAACUGAGCUUCAACUAUCUUACAACAAUCUAACCGACUUAUCAAAGGUACCUCUUGGGAAUAUGACUGGUUUAAAAAUUUUAAAUGUAACUUAUAACCAGUUGAAGACGAUACCAAGAAAUACAUUUCCUAAAUUGUACGAACUCCAUACCAUUGAUGUGAGCCACAAUGUUAUAACUGAUAUUUACAAUGGAGUAUUUCAAACUCUAUUUGGGUUGAGAUUUUUAAAUUUGAGUUACAACGCACUAGCAGAAAUAAAAGCCUCUACUUUUGGACCAUUACCAACCCUUUUGGAACUUGAUCUGAGCUAUAAUUUACUGAGCGAUAUAAGCAGAGGUUCUCUUACUCGUCUUAUAUCACUGCAACAACUGUCUGUUUCUCACAAUUAUUUAAAUUCUUUAUUUCCGAUUCCUAUUGCAUUAUCAAGGCUUGAUCUGAGUUACAAUGAAAUAAAUGGUAUUGCGCAAAGAGCCUGGCCACAAAUGAAUGCAUUAUUGUCACUUGAUUUAAGCGAUAAUUACAUUGGGGAUUCUUUAGAAGGUGGUUCAUUUACUAAUCUACUGACUUUGCAAAAAUUGGAUCUCAGUAGAAAUUAUAUUACAGAAGCACCUUGGGAAAGUUUAAAAGAUCUUUCGUCACUGCAAUAUCUCUAUCUGCAGGGGAAUAAUCUUACAACUUUGAAUAAAGCAGCUUUUGGAAAACUUCCGAUUGUAUUUGAGUUAGAUCUGUCUUAUAAUCAGCUGACUAAUGUAUCAGAAAAAGCUUUUGAAGGAUUGCUUCAACUCUUAACCUUAAAUUUAUCCAACAAUGAUAUCAGCCAUAUUCCCAAUGGAGCUUUCCAUGGUCUCGUGUCUUUACAAGUAAUGGACUUAUCUUACAAUAAUAUUGAGAGCAUUGAUAAUAAAACUCAUGGUGUUAUUGAUGAUUGUUUAUCUUUAGAAAAAUUGAAUCUCAGUCAUAAUAAAAUAUCAUAUGUUACAAGAAAAUCAUUUCCAAGUGAUCCUUACCAGCCUUACAAGUUGAAAGAAGUUGAUUUAAGUUAUAAUGUAAUGCCUUCUAUUACUUAUGAUUUGACUUAUGGAACGAAAAAGAUUGUAUUUUUAAAUUUGAGCCAUAACAUGAUUAAUGAAAUAAGACCUGGUGUGAUUGGAAAUCUGAGUUCUUUGCAAACGUUGGACUUAUCUUUUAACGAGCUAACUGAUAUUAGUGAAGAUCGAUCUUUAACACUCCCGAGCACCCUGAAAAAUCUUCAUUUAGAAAAUAAUCAACUUAUCUCUAUUCCAAUAAGAAAUCUUCAAAAGCUGAAAUUUCUAGAUCUAAGGAAUAAUCAACUUGAAUAUUAUACAGAAAUAACUAAAAUGGUCAUAAAUGGAAGUCAUGUACUUUUUGCAGGUAAUCAUAUAAACUGUGAUUGUCGCUUGAGACCAUUGAGGAGGUGGUUACUCGAUGACUAUUCACGAACUAAUCAGUGGUCAGAAGUAUCCUGCUCUUUCCCAACAGUACUAUCUGGUCAAAAAUUACUUGAGUUGGAUGAGGAAGCAAUGCAGUGUACCGGUGAUGGGGUGCGAGAGAAUGAAGAUUAUGAUACGACACCCGACGUUAAAUUUAGAGAAAUACAUAGGAAUUCCAAUGGCAAAAUACACUUAACAUGGUACGUGACUGCAAAAGAGGAUAUAGCUGACUUCAACUUGUACAUUAAAGGACCAUUAGAAAUCGGAACAGAUAAUGCGAUGUUUAAGAAAUCUCUCACAUAUAGUACAAGAAGUGCUAUUUUAUCAAAUUUUCCAACUUCUGAGGGAACUUUGGAACUAUGUAUUGUAGCUAUGGAUAGUGAAGGACAUGAAAGAGGCAGACACAAUUUGCAAUGCAGAAAUUUGUCCACUAGUGGAAGUUCAGCGUCUGCUAUAAGUUCAAUUAGCUCUCUAUUCCUUUGUUUUAGUUUAACAAUUUUCAUGUUAUACCAAUGAAUAUGGUAAUUUGUUCCAUUUUUCCAGUCAUUCCAUAAUUUAUUUAUUUAUAUCACGGAAAUAAUAUUUAAUCGAGCGAGAAAAGUAGCAGAGUCCUAGCCAAUCGAAGACAAAUUAGGAGUUGUUAGUUUUAACUUCUUAAAAAUAUAAUAUCACCAUUUUGGGUGGUAAAUGUAUAUAAUACUCGAAGCGAAUAAUUGCUUUUGCAUAUAUGUAAUAUAAGAGUUGUAAAUAUUGUAUUGUAAAAAAUUAAAGUAAAGUUCCUUAUUUUUUAUAUUUUUUGCUAGUUACCUAGUAUAUAUUAUCAAAUGAAUAUGUACUUAAAUUUUUAUAUAUAAGUAGCUUUCGUCAUAUCUUUCUCUCUAUGUUUCUCUCUUCUUUUGCUGAUCUUUGUAUUUUACAUAUUUCUUAGACUAUAAAAGCUGUGAUAUCUAUAAUGUUAAUUUUAGUAUGAUGUAUUUUAUUUUAUGUAACAUAAACAUUCACAUUUUUCUUAUUUUAUGAACUAUUAUAAUAAUGAAUUGUUCAUAAUUACUACACUAUUUUUGUAUUUAAAUUUUAUAUAAAAUUAUAGAAUGGUAUCAUGUGCAACUUACAC